AUGGAAUUAACGGAGGACAAUUCUCCAAAUGUAUCUGAGAAUGAGGCUGGUGGUGGUGACCAUGAAACCGCUGAGCAAAAGGCACGAAAACGCCGUAAUCCAUUUAAAAUACAAAAGGAUAAGGAGGAAAAGGAACGUCGCCAAAAGAAACGUGCUCGUCUAAUUGUCCGUAAUAUGAGCUAUAAAGCGAAGGAGGAAGAUCUACGCAAGCAUUUCGAACAAUGGGGCAAACUGGAAGAAGUGAAUAUUCCCAAGAGGGCGGAUGGCAAGUUGGUCGGUUGUGCUUUUGUUCAAUAUCAGACCAUUAAUCAGGCGACCAAAGCAAUAUUGAAGGGCAAUGGCAAGGAGUUUUUGGGCCGGGUUAUAUAUAUUGAUUGGGCUCUGGGUAAGGAUGAAUAUCUGGCCAAGAAACAACAAAAUGUCAAGGAAGAACCCGAGGACAAGAAACCUAAAUUGGAAAUUAAAGAAGAGGAGGAGGAUGAUGAUGAAGAUGGUGAUGGUGAUGAUGACGACAGUAAUGAAGAGGAUGAUGAAGACAGUGAUGAUGACGAUGAAGACGAAAAUGAGGAUGAAGAGAAUGAAAAUGACGACGACGAUGAUGAUGAUGAAGACAAAAAAGACAUCAAAUCAAAACUUAAUAUCGACAAAGUAAACAAAGAGAAACGUAUAUCGAAUGAUGUCCAAGAAGGCUGUACGGUUUUCAUUAAAAAUGUUCCCUUCGAUGCUGAAGAUCAAGAUUUACGUAAAGUUUGUCGUAAAUUUGGCCCAGUUUGGUAUGCCAUUAUCAAUAGGGAACCUGUAUCGGGUCAUUCUAAAGGAACGGCUUUUGUGAAAUUUAAAACCAAGGAAUCGGCCGACAUGUGUCUGCAAUCAGCAGCAGAAUUUGUUCUGAUGGAUCAGGUUUUGGAACCAUAUCCGGCUUUGAGUCGUGAAGAAAUACGCCAACAAAAUUUAGAAAAAGAUAAGAAAAAUGAUGGCAAGGAUUCCCGAAAUCUAUAUUUGGCGAGAGAGGGUCUCAUUAUGGCUAACUCCAAGGCGGCUGAGGGGGUCUCAGCUUCGGAUAUGAACAAACGGCAUAAGCUGGAACAGAUUAAGGCGCAAGUGCUGAAAAAUCUCAAUAGAUUUGUAUCUCGCAAUCGUUUGUCCAUUCACAACUUGCCGUUGAACUAUGACAAUGACAAUUUGAGAGAUAUGAUUAUUGCCUACACUGGGUUCCAUCCUCAUGAAUGCAGGGUGAUGCGUGAAAAUAAAAUAACACCAGAUCAUCCAAAGGGCAAAUCCAAGGGAUUUGGUUUUAUGUCCUUCAACACACAUUUAGAAGCUUUGACAGCCCUAAGGAAACUUAACAAUAAUCCAAAAGUCUUUGGUACCCAACAUCGCCCCAUUGUUGCCUUCAGUAUAGAAGAUCGUGCCGUUCACAAGGUCAAGGAGAAACGCAAGGAAAGAUCCAAACUCAAUAAUCCCACCUUCAAAGACAAAUUAGAAAAACGUAAAGCCCUAAAGAAUGACAAGAAAUCCGGAAAGCAACCUUUGAAAACACUUCCCAAAGGACCACAAGAUGAUGACAAACAAAAACUAAAAGAGCACAUUAAGAAAUUGGAAGAAUCACGGGCCAAAAAGAACAAUAAACAAAAUAAUAAAAAACAGGAAGCUCCCGUAGCCGCCGAAGAGGAAUUUGUUGGCACGGAAGCUAAAAAGGGUACCGUUUUGCGUAUGCGUUCCUUUAAAAAACUAAAAGAACAAUCUGCCGAUCAUAUGCAACGCGUUAAACAGGAAAAGAAAAAGAAACGACAAGAGAAAAUCAAACAAAUCCAUCUGGCCGAACGGAAAGCUGAAAUUCGUCCCAAACAAGGGCGUAAAGUGGAAAAAGAUGAUUUGGCACCAUUGGUAAAUAAAUACAAACAAAUGCUGGAAAAGCAAGCCGAUCCGAAUGCAACAAAUACUGCUAAAAAACCUAAACGUACCAAAUGGUAUACGGAAUAA